CCGGCAUACAUUCUAAUGUGUAGUACCUAACUAUAUCAAUCUCUUGUUUCGCAUGUAUUAACAGUCACUUGCACAUUUAUCACGGUGGUACGGAAGAACUCCUUCAGGUCGCUGAUUUGUCGGGCGAAAACGGCAAAGUUUUUGUUUUUUAACGACUUCACGCUCAUGUGCGUAUUACUUUUCCUGUCUGCCUCCACCAAGGAUCUUCGCGCCGUUGGGGUCCUCCCGUCAAUGUAUGCGCUCAAAGGAAUAUGUAGACUAGUGCUCCCAAUUUGCAGCUCGCCCUCUUUCCCCAAAAUGGCCCGUCCUUUAGUCUGAUAGGCCAAGUCGUGUGACAAGUACUUACCGAUUUGUCGUGACACAAAAAUGGCACGACCUGAAAGUGUUCUCCCCCGAGAACAAGGAGGCGUCUGCACCCCCAUGAAGAAGAGAACCUAUGCUGCCGCACCAACUACAAGAAGCUCUGCUUCGCGACCACCUAGCUCUUUCUCUUGUUCUACUUCUGCGCCGAACGGAGUACCGUGCUGCCGGUCAACAUCAUCAUUGCGAGGUCCUUUCCAGCGGUGUCUUCUCGCUGCUGUCAGCUUCCUGUCAAUACGGCAUGACGCGACCUUCUUCGCGAGCAAGGGGUCCUCGUGGGGGCCGUCCUCGUCCAGCUAUGGGGUUUCCGCACUCGCUGACUUGAAAGCAGAGGACUUUCAGGGGGUCACGGUGCUCACCUCGGAUACCUUCGAGGACUACGUUACGAACAACAAGCACGUACUCGUCCAGUUCUACGCGCCCUGGUGCGGCCACUGCAAGCAGUUUCGGCAUGAGUUUCUGAAGGCGGCCCAGAAGCUGCAGGAACGCGACCCGCCGAUCCCGCUCGCGGUGGUGGAUGCCACGAGUGAAGCCAAGCUGGCUGAGCUCUAUGGCGUACGGGGCUACCCGACCCUGAAGUUUUUCGUAGAGGGAAGAGACAUGGAAUACGCCGGCGGGCGCAUGUGGGACAACAUCGUGGCUUGGGUGGAAAAGAAAGCAGGGCCGAUUCUUGUUCACCUACAGACUAAAGAGGAAGUGGAGGUUUUCUUCCAAGCAAAAGCCCACGAAGCCACGCCGACGGGUAGAAUUGAUUCAGUCCCCUUGUGUUUUCUGCCAAUUUUAUACACUGUCACAUAACGGUGCUCCAUGACAAAACAGCGUGUCGUCCAGACUUCACUUUUACUGAUGACGUUGACGGAGCCGGUCCUGAUUGCCUCUGUUGUUUAUACUAUCAUUCGAUGAAAAAAGAUUAAACUUGCAGGAACUUCCGCCGUGAUUGGAGGCGGCGUGAUAGUGGCAUUCUGCGAUGAUCUAUCAAAAAGAAAGUUUUUUGCGUAAGUGUAACUAUGCAGUCGUGUUGUAGACUAUGCAAAACUAUUACGCUUUUCAUGCCGGAUCGUAAGUAUGCACCACAGGGAAAACGUGUUUUCAAGGAACGUGUUUUCACGUGCUAGCUACGCAUCAAGAUGACGGGCCUCUAUUUCGGACCGCUCUAGCUGCGCACCGGCAUCAAGUAAAAAUGCAGCAAAUAAAAUUAAAAAGUAGAAGCAUACAAUAAACGCGAGCAAAAUUUUUCUGUGCAUAUGACCCGGAGAAAGAAAAAGUGUUGCAGGAAGUGGGCGUGGCUUUCGACGACAUUUUAUCAAAUGCAAAUAUGUCUGGGUCUGCUGGAUCAUGAAAGACCGGAACUUGAUUUCCAGAUUCUUGCAUGCUAGAUCGAGAACGGUAGUACUUGGAGCAUGACCCCACUUUUUAUCUUGCAUUACACAGGAUCGACGUGUGCAUCGCUGUGCCAUGAAGGUCAAGACUAGGAAUGAGAUUUACUUCGGUACUAGCACAAGAUACAUCUAAAUGCGCAGCCACAUAGAUACUAACUUCAUUUACAGAAAUCUGCGUAAAAAUGACAUCAAAUGAAUCCCGACUCCGUAUUUGCAAUGCAUAUAUUUUUUUUGGAAUCGCCCCAAACUCUCUGUACAAAGAGGUGGUUAAACCGGAGACGAUACUUCGUGCGCAGGCCGUUGCCGAUCAGGAAUCAGAAGUCAAAGAAGUGCCAAAGGUGUUCAUAUUUAUUAUUGAUGUUCUUGAAGAAGAGCUAAGUACAUGUUUUUGUUUUUCUUUUUCUUCCUCUCUCUCAUAUCUAUGGAAUGGAGAAGAAAAAAAAAUCGAAAUGCCACGUCGACCAACAGUCCACGUUCAGGUUGUUUAAUGCAGAAAUGCGCAUGAUUAUGAUAUAGUGGCACUUGAGGUUGAAAACGAAUUCUAACUUGUCAUGCACGACAAGAAGAACGAUAACGAACCACUCGCACACACUCAAGGUUGACGUUUCCGCCGGGGACGUGGUUUACAUGCGGUUCCCCUUCGAUGAGGGGGAGUCGGUUGCCCCAAUCGUGACACCGGAUGCAGUGGGCAUGGGGAAGGAGCAUCCGGAAUAUUGGGAACGGUAUGUUUCCUGAAGAUGAUGUAGAUUCUGAUGCUGCUUGACAUUGAUUACGUAUAGAUUCUAUUUGGUUUUUUGGCCUGAUAAUUAAACAUGAUAUCAUAGACUGAAAUGUUUCGAGUUGCGAGAAAUUAAUAACCAGCAGCUCGUACUAUGAGUUGUACUGGCGCUGUUGGUGAUGCUCUGUCCUCCGGUAAGUGCGUUUGCCUUGCUUUUUUGCAUGUCGUCACUUGUGUUGUAGCUAAGACCCGCGAAACAAGGUCACUCAUCUCAAUAAUUCUGAGUUUCAACAUUUUCACAUCACGCUUUUAUUUUCGAACAACGCUCAGGGUCGCUGAUGACGUGCGAUUUUUUGUGGCGAUUUACUCGAUGCCAAAAGUUAACGUCUUUACGGGGGAAAACGCGGCGCUGCUUUUCAACGACCCGCGGCCCCUGCUGCUGUACUUACGCGACGAGAAGCGGCCGGAUAUCGCGACGACGGAACAGAAUCUGCAUGCGGAGAUCCGGGAGAAAAAUCAACUCAUCGAGGACUCGCUUCACAGCCUCGCGACGAAGUACAAACAGGACUUUGUCGUCACCUUCGCCGGCGCGGAGCAGCCCAUGGACAUGCGUUUGAUGGACUACAUUUCGGUGGACUACGAGGAUUUACCCUGCAUCCGCAUCAUCAAGGAUCCCACCGACGGCAUGGUGAAGUACAAGCUGCCUAUGCCCCCGGAGGCCACGGAAGAGGAGUUGGCUGCCGAAAGCUAUGAUCGUGAGAAAAAACUGUUUACUCACUGUGAUGAUUUUAUUGCAAGAUCUGCAUCUUCACAUGUAUGUUUGCUACACAUGACACGGAAAUAAAUUUGCCAUGCGCGGCGCUUCAUUCCAGCAAUGGAAAACGCGCUUAAAAAUCCAGUGCUUUUUGCAGGUGCAGUAGCAGGUCAAAUCACUUUGUGCUCCAUUCUAUCCAUUACACAUUCACGUUCACGACAGUGAAACAGUUUUUUCUUGCGAUCAAAGCGAGGACAUGUCCAAUGAUCUGAACUACCUGCGCAACGCAAAGGCGAUCACGCCGGAGAAAAUUGAGCAGUUCGCGGAGGACUUUCUGAAUGGCGCGGCUAAACCGCAUCUGAAGUCGCAGCACGCGCCCAAGAACAAUCCGAAGGACCAGGGAGCGAUUUUCACACUCACCGGCGAGCACUUUCUGGAUACGAUCCUGAACCAUAAUCAGUACGUACUGGUAAAGUAUUACGCCCCUUGGUGCGGGCACUGCAAAAAGUUGGAGCCCAUCUACAAGGACCUGGCUGCAAAGUACAACGUCCCGGGGUCCGGUGUUUUGAUCGCCAAGUUUGACGCCACCAUAAACGACUUGCCCCUGGAGGUGGAGGAGGUGAUCCAGGGCUACCCGACUUUGAAGCUGUAUCGGAAGUCGACCGACCACUCCGUGCACUACGUGGGGGAUCGAAACCUCGACACGUUGAUCCAGUUCGUGGAGACGCACAUGGGCCGCGGGGUGGAUUCUUCGCUCGACAGUGGCGGCGGUGCGGCGGCCGGCGGAGGCGUGGGUAGUGGAGCGGCGGCUGGCACCAAAGACGAGUUGUGA